AUGUUUCUAAAAUGUGUGGUGAAUGCGUGUAAAUGUACGAAAAUUGUAGCCAACAAAUAUAUGAAGACAAUAAUCGGUGCGCAGUCUUUAUGUGGAAGCCGCAUGAGGUUUUAUAGCGCGUGUCCAACUGGAAUGAAAGUUACAAUAUGUGGUGCCGCUGGGUGCACAGGGGAACCUUUAGCCCUUCUACUGAAACAAUGUCCAUUACUCGAUGAAAUUGCGCUAUAUGACUUAUGCGCCACCUGCGGGUACGGCAUGGAACUAAGUCACGUAGACACUAAGUGUAAGGUGUCUUCAUUUUCCGGAGGGCAUAUGUUGUGUGAUGCUUUGAAGGGUGCUAGAAUAGUUAUAAUCGUCGCGAGAAACGAAGAAGACACCUUUGAGGCUAAUUCGCCUCUUAUGACAGAAAUAGCUUUGCAAAUAUGCAACACGUGCCCCGAUGCAUUUACAAUAGUGGCAACGGAACCAAUAGAGAGUUUAGUACCUCUGGUUGGUGAAAUCCAAAGAUGCCGUUGCAAGUACGACCCGCGGCGAUUACUUGGUUGCGUUGAGCUGAACUGUGUUCGCGCUAACACCGUCCUAGCCGAUUUCUUACGUGUCCCUCCCGAAGCUGUUAGGGUCCCGGUGGUGGGCGGUGCAACGCCAACUACCAUGGUGCCCGUGCUGUCUGCUGCAGUCCAUCCUUGCAUUAUGAGUCAGGAACAGAUCGAGUGCGUAACUUCGUGUAUUAUGAGCGGCAGUGAAGCGGUAUGUGCUUCAAAAGGCUGUUCAAAAGCAACAGCUUGCCUGUCUGGGGCUUAUGCGAUAGCCAGAACAGCUAUUAACGUGGUCAAAGGCUUGCAGGGCAACUCCAAUGUUAUUCAGUGUGCAUAUGUUGAUAGUCUUGGGACCUGUGCACCCGAUUGCCAGUACUUCGCUAGUGAGGUUGUUCUAGGUCCAUCCGGGAUAGAAAAGAAUUUAGGUGUUCCAGAGCUCACGAAGUUCGAAAAUUGCCUUCUCUGCAACUGUCUACCUUACGUCCGAAACGAAAUUUGUCGCGCUAUAUCUUUGGUCUACACCAUGUGCCAACAAUGCUGCUGCCCGUCUUGCAUUGCUCAUCCGCAGACUUGCUAUAACCCACCCAUAGUGCCAUGUGUACCACCAGUGAACUGGACUUGCAACUGUCCAGAUGCUUGUCGUGACGAGUAUCUUGCGACAAUAUGCCGAGAAAUGACCUGCAGAUGCGGCAGUACGGAGCUUUGCUGGCGUCCGAGGGAGGUUGACUACGAUAGCGCUAGGGCGGCUAAUCUUACGCAUCAAAUGCCGCUGAAAAGCCCAUCUUGUUCUAUGCGGACAGUUCCUAGGAGUGUCCUAAUUGAGAAGCAGUUACGACUGAAAGCGACAGAUCCUUGUUCGUGA